AAAUUAUGGGAAUUUGGUAGUAACGGACAAGAAAAAAGCUUGUCCAAAUUCUUCAGGCUGCCUGAAUUUCCACUCUGCGUUAAAGCUGAAACCAAAAUUCAGCUUGAAUUGCAGACAUAAAAGUACUUAUCUCUCUUCUUCCCUGUAAUUACACCAAUCUGUACUACUUCUGGAACCUUAAUCCUUAAAGUUUUCAACUUUUUUCAAGAGGGAAGUUUCAGUUUAAAGGAGUCCUUCAAAAUUAAUUUGCAGGUUAUACGCAUGCAUGAUGACGUGAAACAUGUCAGGCUGGGACUGAUCAUAUAUAUAUAUCUGAACAUAAAAAAGAGAUUUUUAUUUGAUAGAGUUCUUAGCUUCUUCCUUGCUUCCCCUGGGUUUUCUUGAACUUAGAGAGAUGACAGGAGCUAAGGAGGAUGAAUUUGGGCCUCACCCUGUGAAGGAUCAACUCCCCGGUGUUGAUUUCUGUGUCAAUAGCAACCCUUCUUGGGCCGAAGCCAUCAUUCUGGGUUUUCAGCACUAUCUCGUCAUGCUAGGGACUACUGUUAUCAUUCCCACCAUCAUUGUUCCUCAAAUGGGCGGCACAAAUAGGGAGAAAGCUGAAUUGGUACAAACAUUGCUCUUUGUUUCGGGGGUGAACACACUGUUGCAAUCUUGGUUUGGAUCCCGGCUUCCUGUUGUGAUUGGUGGAUCAUACCGAUUCAUAAUUCCAGUUAUAUAUGUUGCGUUAUCUAGUAGAUUCCAGGCAUAUCUCGAUCCUCGUGAGAGGUUUAAACACACAUUGCGAGGAAUGCAAGGGGCUCUUAUUGUUUCAUCUAUACUUCCCAUACUAUUUGGAUUUCUUGGACUCUGGAGAAUUAUUGUGAGGUUCCUUUGUCCUCUUUCUGCUGUCCCUUUGGUAACCCUCGUUGGCCUCGGGCUUUAUGAACAUGGAUUCCCACUGCUAGCGGAAUGUGUUGAGGUUGGCCUUCCAGAGUUGAUUAUUCUAAUACUGUUUUCUCAGUUUAUUCCACAAUGGUGGAAAUCCAAUCGACCCGUGGUUGACAGAUAUGCAGUCCUGUUUUCGGUGGGGAUAGUAUGGACAUUCGCUGCCCUCUUGACUGUAGCGGGUGCGUACAAAAAUAGACCACUUCAGACUCAGUUCAGUUGCCGUGUAGACCGCUCUGGGCUUAUCAGUGGCGCUUCGUGGAUAAGAUUUCCAUAUCCAUGGCAAUGGGGCACUCCCACUGUCAAUGCUGGAGAAACUCUCAUCAUGCUAGCUGCAGCUUUCGUUGCUAUAAUCGAGUCUACUGGAUCGUUUAUUGCAGCUGCAAGGUUCGGUAGUGCCACCCACCCACCGGCUUCUGUCAUAAGCCGCGGCAUUGGCUGGUUGGGAAUGGGCAUUCUGUUUGAUGGUUUGUGGGGAACGGGCGUUGGAUCUACCGUCUCAGUCGAAAACGUUGGUCUUUUGGCAUUGACGCGAGUGGGGAGCAGAAGGGUGGUUCAAAUAUCAGCUAUCUUUAUGCUUUUCUUUUCCAUACUAGGAAAGUUUGGGGCAGUUGUUGCAUCCAUACCAUUGCCAAUCGUGGGAGCUCUCUACUGCGUCUUGUUCGCCUUCAUGUCUUCUGCAGGCCUUGGUUUACUCCAGUUCUGCAACCUUAACAGCUUCAGGACAAAGUUCAUCCUAGGAUUCUCAUUUUUCAUGGGACUCUCAGUGCCACAAUACUUCAAUGGCUAUAUCAUAACAGCUAAUCAUGGCCCUGUACACACACACUCUGCUUGGUUCAACGGGAUGAUGCAAGUAGUGUUCACUUCUCCGGCGACGGUGGCCGGAAUAGUGGCCCUGUUCUUGGACCUGACCCUUGCAAGAAGCCAUGCCCAGAGCAGAAGAGACAGUGGGAGGCAUUGGUGGGCUAAGUUCAAGUACUUUGAGAGAGAUGCCCGGAGUGCAGAGUUCUAUUCCUUGCCCUAUAAUCUUUCCACCUACUUCCCUUCGGUGUAAGCCAUGCCGCCGGCCGCCGGCCGCCGGAGCUUUCAUCUUUGACUUGUCGAUAUGUCAUCCCUGAAGACCUCAGGAAUCUGCAACCAUUUCCAUACACAUUAGAGAAAAGAAAUGUGUUGCAUUAUAGUAGAUAAAAAUUUAAUUUGUAUUCAAUCAUAAAGUUUUAUGUUAGUAUAAUAUAAUGGGUGUGAUUAUUUUA